CCACAACCGCCAUCACAAAUUAGCCCUUCCUCCAGUCAGUACUAUUUGCCGUCCUCAUCGAGUUAUGCUUAUCCGCCACAGCCUCCUUCAGCUUAUCAUUAUCAAAUGCCCAUUGGUCAAGCUCCGUACUCUUAUCCAACCACAACAUCGACAUGCUCCGUUGGUUUUACCAUAUGCUUUGGUGGAAGCUUUUGUUGUCGAAAUUGA